AUGGAAAGUGGAAGCUUGGAUAAUGAGGCUCCUCCACCUCAUGGUGCCUUGGGAACGGAAAUCUCAGAUCCUGAAACACGUCAAAAAAAAUGCCAAGAAGAAAUCGAGAAGUACGUGAAGGAACAACAUAAUGCUGGCGGCGACAUUUGUCUUGCUCGGUUUCUAGCUGAUAAACAAGGGUUUGUUGCUGAAAAUUCAUCGAAGAUAAGUAACUACAAGGCAUUUUGGAGACACUCUUUCGGACGUAUCGUCAAGAAACUCGGUGUCAGAACGGCGAAAGGAAAAGCCAACUGGAAAGCAAUAGAAGCCAGUAUCAACAAAGAAGGUGAACCAAGUAGUUUGACAUCAUCAGCAUCCAAAACGCUAUCUGGAACGCCAUUGUCUGCAAAAGUAUUGGAGUAUGUCAACGAGAUGUAUAAUAGCAAGCUCAAGUAUCCAAAAUGGCAGUUAUCGACCGGAAAGAUCGUAGAAGACACGAUGCAUGCGUUUGCCAAGGAAUGUCUAUAUGAACACUCUUCUCUUUCAUUGAUCUUAGACAUCAGUGAUCCUUGUUGGAAAGCGCAUUUCACACCUGCUGAAUUGGUAGAGCUACGCACGUAUCACAAGCCCGAGCUCAAACCAUUGCCAAAUGAACUUAAAGAAUACUUGGACAAGUUCUCCGGUGUUUACGAUCUCAACAAGCUUAUUGAUAUCCAUAUGCAAAAUCGCUUCCACCCAUCUCAAGCUGAUUUGCAUUGGGUUGAAAAGACAAUUGGAGACAUCUUGGAUCUAUACUAUUAUAGCUAUGAUGUUGACAACAAAACGGAAGCCGAUCUGGUUCGUCGGUUGUGGGGAUUUAUCGAGAAGUGCUAUGACGAAAGCAAGUUUUAUGUUAUUAGUGGUGAAAAAGUCAGUGUUUCUUCAAGCAACAGAAUGAAUGAAGAUCGGUCAGUUCCUGGCGCUACACCACUAACAAGAAAAAAAACGGGGACGAAGGUCGACAUUUUGAUCAAACAUCUGUAUGAUGACUUUGGUGUCGGGGAGGCAGGACUCAGUGGUGGAGCUGUCUCUACAAAAUACAUAACCGAAGCAAGCAUUAAACUCCCGAAGUCCUUGAAAGAUGUUUUAUGGAACUUGUUGAAGAUGGCGACCAAGGAUACUCAACAAUUAUGUGUUCCAGGUUUCAUCAUCAAUGGUACCGAGCUGACGGUGAAAUUGAUGGACAUUCCGUCCGGUAAUGCCUGCCGUGUGUAUACCUUGGGUCCGAUGCCAUUCCCACUCAUUCCCGAAACGUUCUUUAAAAAUUUCAUUCCCUUGGUUACGUUGGUCUGGCAAUGGAGCACGCAACGUCAAUCCACCAGUGGCGCUUGCGUCGGUGCUCGUGGUGCCCGUCCGCGCGGUUGUGGUGUCCGUGGUCGUGGUCAUGGCCACAACUGA